GGUGGUAGUUUUAGGGCUCAGGGCACUCGAUUGAGCAGAAAAGGGGAAAAAAGCUGCACAGGGGGAGGGGGUGGUGUGGGGGCCCCGGUGAGACCUCCCCAGUCUGAUGUUGGUUGUACAUUAACCUUGUAGUGUCUCCUGUGCAUUCGUUUUCCAACAAGCCCUGGCCAGUCAAAACAAAUGCUAAUAUUGGGAUAAGGAUAACAGGCAUAUGAAGGGCAGAAUAAAAGAAACAGAUUGUUUGCUAUACCCAUAUAAAUUCUUUGCUACGUAUGAAAACAAGAAUGGAAACCAGCAGAGCAAUUCAGCGUCACACCCUGACCAUAACAAGUGGCCACUGGGUGCUCCAAAGAGCCUGGGAAACCGAAACUGCCUGUUGCUUAUGUUACUGUCAUUUUCUGAGGAAUGGAAUGUGAAACUUAACCAGAUAAUGCCUGACCAUAUUUACAGUUUCUGGGUUGGUCCUGAAGGUAUUUAUACUCCACUCACAGCAUUGCAAAGAAUGAGAAUUCAUCACUGCAUUGAUACUGCAGAACCUCUGAGCAAGAUGCUGUCCCUCCUUACUCUACGGAUGAUGGAAAUGCUCUCCGCUGUUUGGGGGAAUUUCAGGAGCCUCUUACAAAGCCUAAAUAUAUUCUGGUGCUGGCUGGAAAUCUUCGGAAGGCCAAAGAUAUCACCCGUGAGCAGUAGAUCGGAGCCUGGAGAUGACACAAUGGUGACUCCGACCAGUGUGAAUUAUCACUUUACCAGGCAGUGCAAUUACAAAUGUGGCUUCUGCUUCCACACGGCAAAGACGUCUUUUGUGCUGCCUAUAGAAGAAGCCAAGCGAGGACUGACUAUGCUCAGAUCAGCAGGCAUGGAAAAGAUCAAUUUCUCCGGCGGGGAGCCUUUCCUACAAGAGAGAGGACAUUAUGUGGGAAAACUGGUCCAGUUCUGCAAAGAGGGGCUGAAACUGCCGAGCGUCAGUAUUGUGAGCAAUGGGAGUCUGAUUACAGAGAGGUGGUUCAAACUGUAUGGGGAAUAUCUGGACAUCCUUGCUGUGUCCUGCGACAGCUUUAACGAGGAUGUGAACAAGUUAAUCGGAAGAGGACAAGGGAACAAAAAUCACGUGGAAAAUUUGAUAAAAAUAAGACAGUGGUGCCGGGAUUAUAAUGUUGCCUUUAAAAUAAACUCCGUCAUUAACCGCUACAAUGUCGAUGAAGACAUGAACGAAGAACUCUCUCGGAUUAGUCCCAUACGCUGGAAGGUUUUCCAAUGCCUAAUUAUUGAAGGAGAAAAUGCCGGGGAAGAGGCUCUGAGGCAGGCCGAGACGUUUGUCAUCAGCAACAAGGAAUUCAAAGGUUUUCUGGAUCGCCACAGAAACAUCAAAUGUUUGGUACCUGAAUCAAACGAGCAGAUGCGUGAUUCUUAUCUCAUCUUGGAUGAAUAUAUGCGCUUUUUGGACUGUACAAAUGGGAGAAAGGAUCCGUCUAAAUCCGUCCUGGAUGUUGGGGUUGAAAAUGCUAUAAAAUUCAGUGGAUUUGACGAGAAAAUGUUUUUCAAAAGGGGUGGAAAAUAUGUUUGGAGCAAAGCGGAUUUAAGGCUUGAGUGGUGAAGCUGAUCGUUUCUCACUGAAAGGACUAUGCACUACUGUAAAUUAUUUGUUUAUAAAAGAAAUGUGUAUUUUAUUAUCCAUUAUUACAAUAAGAUGUAUAUUUUGUUUCAUGUAUGAUAUUUGUAGCAGUAUUAAUUAACAUGUACAGUGUGAGUGUCACAGCUAUGAACUUUAAUAGUGUGUUUUAUCUGCAUAGACAGUUUAAAGGGAUACUGUCAUGGGAAAAAGAUUUUUUCCAAAAUGAAUCAGUUAAUAGUGCUGCUCCAGCAGAAUUCUGCACUGAAAUCC